AUGGAAGACGAAAUUCAGCCUCUCAUUCAGUAUGAGCCAGAGAAUACUUUUAGUGGAUCACCAUAUAUCUUCGGACUAUCUGAACAGCGUAUUAAUACUGAUCAAGAUUUUCUACAGGUAGUUUAUGGCUAUCGUAGAAGCCGGUGGCGAACAUUCCUGGUGUAUUUACUGUCGAUAGUGUUAUGUGGAAUUCCAUUAUUGGUCUUUCAUUGGUAUCCAAGAUGGUUUCUCUUCGCUACUUCGGUGAGAUGCUGCUUCCAGAUGGCCGACAAAGUUUUAGUAGUGGAAACAUAUCAGAAGAAAUGCAAAAGUUACUACACCCACAGGAUUUUGAUUAAGGACAUUUCAGAUGCAAGUGGUUUAAUAAAUCAAGGCUUCCAAGAAGAGUUUGGUGAAGAGAAAAGUGGUAUUGACAGUGCCGAUGAUUUGUAUACCUCAGUACAUUUGGAAGACGGAACCACUUUAAAUGUCCAAAGCUACCGGUAUUUCCGCCAUAAGAAGCAGACCCUGGUAUGGGAGGCGGGGCGCGCGUCUUGGGUGAGGCUGGCGGGGGUCGAGAGCGGAGCCACGUGCGCCCAAUUGCACGCUUUAGCGACCAAAGCACCGAGUGUGGACAGGCGACGGCGCAUGCUUAACAUAUACGGCCUGAACGAAAUCAAAGUGCCAGUUCAGUCCAUAAUGACCCUCAUUCUCCUGGAGGUGUUCAACCCCUUCUACGUGUUCCAGUUCUUCACGAUAGCCGUCUGGCUAGCAGAGCCCUACUAUUAUUACUGCAUCGCUGUGGUGUUGAUGUCAACUUUCGGUGUUGCCACAUCCGUUAUACAGACAAAGAAGAAUCAGAAGAACCUUCGCGCAACCGUCGAAGCUCACGACACGGUUCGACUGUGGGGCGGCCAGCAAGCGGACAGCCGAACUCUUAGCCCUGGCGACGUUCUACUCCUGCCCCAGGCUGGGUGUCUCCUCCAUUGUGACGCUCUGCUCCUCAACGGGGCGGCGAUAUUGAACGAGAGCAUGCUCACCGGCGAGUCGGUGCCGGUAACAAAGACCGCGUUGCAACGCGUCGAUAGACCCUUCGAUCCCAAGGAACAUGCCUCCAGCGUCCUCUAUUGCGGCACAAGUGUCAUACAAACUCGCUACUACAACAACGAGCCUGUCAGGGCGCUCGUUCUCCGAACCGGUUACAACACCAGCAAAGGCCAGAUCGUCAGGAGCAUACUGUACCCGGUGCCGGCCGAUUUCAAGUUCGACCAGGACUCUUACAAGUUCAUAUUGAUAUUGGCCGGCAUUGCGAUCGUCGGGCUCUGUUACACCGUCGGCUUGAAGUGGUCCCGCGCGCUGAGCGUGAGGGACAUCGUGAUAAAGGCGCUCGACAUAAUAACUAUAGUGGUGCCCCCGGCGUUGCCCGCCGCGAUGACGGUCGGCCGUCUGUACGCGGUGUCGCGGCUGAAGCGCGCCCGCAUCGCCUGCCUCAACACGCGCGCCGUCAACGUCAGCGGCUCGCUCGACUGCGUUUGCUUCGACAAGACGGGAACCCUGACGGAGGAUGGUCUGGACAUGUGGGGCGUGGUGGCAGUCAGCGCCGCCACAUCUCCCCCCCGGCUGGGCAGACCCCUCCGUGACCCUCGGCAGCUGAACGACCUGCACCAGCUCAAGAUCGGAAUGGCGGCUUGCCACAGCCUGACCCUGCUGGACGGACAGCUCGCCGGCGACCCGCUGGACCUCAAGAUGUUCGAAUCGACUGGCUGGACGCUAGAGGAGCCCGACGUCCCCGAGCAGUCGAACUACGAGAUCCUCACGCCGACCAUUGUGAAGCCAAAGAAAAACGCCAACAUCAACGUGGAUGACGUUCACAUGCCCCUGGAAGUGGGCGUAGUGCAACAAUACCAGUUCGUGUCUGCGCUACAGCGUAGCGCCGUAGCGGUGCGCCUUCUGGGCGAGGAUGUGCUACGAGUGUUCUGCAAGGGCGCGCCCGAGACGCUACGAACUCUCUGCCGGCCCGACACCGUGCCAGAAAAUCUGAACGUAGUUCUCAGCUCGUAUGCGGAGAAGGGAUACAGGGUUAUCGCAAUCGCCACCAAGAUAAUGGAGGUCACUUUCAAGAAUUUACAGCGAAUGACUAGGGACGAGAUCGAAUCGGACCUGGAUUUCCUCGGCCUAGUGAUCAUGGAGAACCGUUUGAAGGCCGCCUCGGCGGGCGUCAUACGGGAACUGAAGGAGGCAAAUAUACACGUGGUCAUGAUCACAGGGGACAACGUGCACACGGCAGUCAGCGUCGCCCGCGAGUGCGGGAUUGUGGCGAGCGGGGAGCGGUUGGUGCGGGUGCUGCUGAAGGAGGGGCCCACCGGCCCCAGGCUCUACUGCGAGAGCACGCUGCACGGGGUAAACAUUGGGCGCACUUCUCCCCUGGAGGAGGUGUGCUCGAUGCUUAGCGUGGACAGCGGCCGGGGCUCGUGGCGCGGCUCGGGAAGCGAUUCCCACGCCCACGCCCAAUCCCACUUUCAAUCCCACGCCCACGCGGACACGGAGGCGCCGCAGCUGCUGCCCAACUACAAGGUGGUCAUGACCGGAGACGCUUGGCAGAUGGCGCGCGAGUGCUGCCCCUCGCUGGUGCCGAGGCUGGUGGCGCGCGGAGCGGUCUUCGCCAGGAUGACGGCCGACCAGAAGCAGCAACUGGUGCUGGAGUACCGCGCCUUGGGCUACUACGUGGGCAUGUGCGGCGACGGCGCAAACGACUGCGGCGCGCUGCGCGCCGCGCACGUGGGCGUGUCGCUGUCGCCGACGGAGAGCAGCGUGGCGGCGCCGUUCACUUGCGCGCAGCCCGACGUGGCGUGCGUGGCGCGCGUGGUGCGCGAGGGCCGCGCCGCGCUCGCCACCUCCUUCGGCGUGUUCAAGUUCAUGGUGGCGUACUCGCUCGCCGAGUUCCUCUCCGUCGCGCUGCUCUACUACUUCGACUCCAACCUCACCGACUUCCAGUUCCUGUUCGUGGACGUGGCGCUCAUAGUGAACUUCGCGUUCUUCUUCGGCCGCACGGAGGCGCACGCGGGCCGCCUCCACCCGCUGCCGCCGCCCACCUCGCUGCUGGGGCCGGCGCCGCUCGCCUCGCUCGCCGGCCAGAUGGCGCUGGUGGCGGCCGGCCAGUACCUCUCGUACCUCGCGAUCGCCCACUUCCCGUGGUACGUGCGCCACACGUACGAGGGCGAGGAGGCCAACGAGUGCUGGGAGAACUACGCCGUGUUCACCGUGUCCACGUUCCAGUACAUCACGCUGGCGCUCGCGUUCAGCCACGGCUCGCCGUACAGACGCUCCGUGCUAACCAACAGGCGCCUGAUGGUCAGCGUGCUGGUCAUGACCGCCAUAUGUGUCUACAUAACCGUCUCGCCCGCUCAGUGGCUUGCCGAGUUCCUCCAGCUGAAGAUGCCGAAGGACAGCCUUAUGUCGUACAUAGUGCUAGCGCUGGCCUCCAUCAACUUCGUCCUGGCGCUGUUCUUCGAGAGGGUGGUCGUCCAGUUCCUGAUGCAGGACAAGGAGCUGAUACCGCGCUGGUUGAAGGAGAGGAAGGUGCGGAAGACGCCGCACUUGAUGAUCAAACGCCAGUUGACCGACACCGACUAUCUGGACUGCAACAGCGUUGUCAGUUAUGACAAGGAGAAUAGAGGUCCAUCAAAUGUCAGCUAUGGUCAGAGCAGC